GACGUAGCGUCGGCGAAUUUCGGAUAGCCGCCGAUACGGACCUGAAUUCUACAUGACUGCCUGAGGCAUCUUCACAGUCACAACCACCCCUCAGACCUCUUGUGCGUGAUGGACCCUCUUCUAGAAGAAGCGCUCGCUGCUGGAAACCCAACACCAGCCAUCUCAAGCGCUACUGCAGUCUUCCCGAGCAAACUUUUAGCGAUCAGCGACAUCCAUCUCUCCUACAAAGCCAAUCGCGAGGCCUACGAGAAGCUGCAGCCGCAUCCAAACGAUGGCCUUAUACUGUGCGGAGAUGUGGGUGAGUCAGCCGAACACUGCCGCAUAGCUUUCGAGAAUGCGACGUCGUGCUUCAAGACGGUGUUUUGGGUGCCCGGCAACCACGAGUUGUAUACGAUGCCCACACAGAGAGAACACGGGGCGAGAGGCGAGAAGAAGUAUCUCGAAUGCGUCGAUAUCGCGCGCGAGUUUGGCGUGCAGACGCCUGAGGACGACUACAUGCUGUGGGAGGGAGACGGAGGGCCCUGCUUGAUCGCGCCUAUUUUCACGCUGUAUGAUUACAGCUUCCGUCCCGCUGACGUUAAGCUCGAAGAUGCACUCGAUUGGGCAAGGGAAAAGGAUAUAGAGGCCACGGAUGAGCACCUGCUACAUCCCGACCCAUACGCGUCGCGCAUUGAAUGGUGCCAUGCACUUGUAGAACAGACCGAAAAGAAGCUGUCCGCAGCUGUCGCAGCGCAUCCAGGCAUUCCACUAAUCAUAGCAGGACAUUGGCCGUUGAGAGAAAGCCUCGUUAAGCUUCCGAGGGUUCCACGGUUCUCUCUUUGGUGUGGCACAAAGAAGACGACGGAUUGGCAUAAAAGGUUCAACGCGAAAGUCGUCGUCAGCGGCCAUCUGCACAUUAGAAGGACUGACUGGGUUGACGAUACCCGCUUCGAAGAGGUCAGCUUAGGCUAUCCCAAACAGUGGCAGGAAUGCCUUGAGCAUGGUCUGGGUGUCAAUGAUUUGCUACGAGAGAUUUUGCCAGGCCCCGAGACGCCUUCAGCACAUAUGAGAGACACAGUAUGGAGGCGCUACGGCUGAAGCACGUGUAGUGCAUAAUGCAAGUUUGAUUGUUCCGCAAAGUUGUCAUGAGAAGCUGCAUCCCUUCUUUUCAGGAC